ACCACUAUUCUUUUGAACGAAGAUAAAAUACACGAUUACCACAAUGUUUAUGGUUAAUAUUAUUUCAUCUAAAUAUAGCUUCUAACAUUUGUGUGGUGACGUUCCUCACAUAUCGUACGAGCUCUGCAUUUAAACGUUUGUUUGUGCUAGCACCCAUCAUGCGCUCUGAUUCGGACUCCGAUAGCCAGGAAGAAGAUGAAAAACUGAAAAAACUGAAAGAAGAAAUCAGGCAAAUAGAGGAAAGGAAAAUAAGAAGAAAAUUAUUAAAAAAACAAAGCUUAGCGACAUCGAACACGCCAUCACCCGAAAUAAGUUGUUCGUCUUCAAAAAAGCUAAAUAUAAACGUUGACAAAGACAGGAAUAAAGGGAAUCCUGGCUCAUCAGUACAAGUUACCAGUAACAAUAACCUAUGUUUAGAAGAUAAGGGUCAACAAGAUCGAUUUCGCACAUAUAAAAAACUUCCUGGAGCUGUUGAUCAUGGCAAAGAAUAUGAACAAAUGAUGUGUGCAUUCUACGCUUUAACACUGAUUACGCGUGAUGAUGUGGAAGAUUUUGAAAUGACUACUAACAACAAAGAAUAUGGAGUUUUUGAUGAUAUUGGACUCACAGUUACGUUCAAGAACACGAAAAGACGGAUUUAUCUCAUUCAACUCAAACACAAAGAAGGAGGGAAGUUCAUCACUACUAACAAUUUACUUAAUCAAAAGAAUGACUUCGGCGUUCAAAAAUAUUUUAAUUCUAUAUCAUCUCUUAAUAUCACGGAAGACGUUGUUUACAUUGUCUCUACAAAUUCUUCUACGUAUAUUAAGCAAAAUAAGCAAAUAUCGCCAGAUAUUGUUCUUGAAGUGCGUGAUUGUAUUGAAUAUGAAGACCUACUACUCAACGUCCAAGAAAGAAAAUCAAGUACUAUUUUUCAAAUUGUACAAAAACUAGAGGACAAAAAUCAAAUGUUUUAUUUUUUUACGGAGCAAAAUAACAUACAUAACACCAAAGUUAGCGUGCAAAAAAUGUUAUACGAGUUGAUGCAGUGUAACAUUUACGACUCUUUCAUGCAUUUCAUGAGCGAAUGGUGGUCAAAAAGCUUUGUUUUAGCGAAAGACGAUGUCAUCGCCAAAUUAGCAGAAUUAGUUGUCUCACCUUACCUUAAAACUUUAACAGGCGAUAAAAAAAAUGCCAAAACCGAAAAUCUUAGGAAAGCAAUAACGAAUUUUUCGUUAACGAUUGUGAAAAAAACCGACGAAAAUAUAAUCGAAAAUAUAUGGCCGACUGAGAGUGUUACGGAUGACGAAUUUAAAAAAACCAAAGAGAAAUUUGGACUAAAGAUAGCAGAACAAAUGAAAAUUUUAUGGUUUUUAAAUAAAAUCCCGCUGGUUAUAAAAGUGGACGAUUUAAAUAAAGCAGCAAUCAAAUGUGCAGUAAAGCUAAUAGACAAAAGUGCAGACAAGAAAAAAAUCAUUUUGGAGGGAAAUGUAACAAAGUGUGAAUUUGAUGGAAUGCAAGUGUUCCAAUAUUUAUCUGAUUUGAUACAAAAGUGUGAAAGCGAGAAGUGUUGCCGUAGUGUUCUGGAGAGUUUUGAGGUGUCAUUGCAGGGAAGAGAGCCAAUUUGUUUAGAAGAAUUUAUUAACAUUGACAGCGAAAUUUCGCAAUAUAUCGGACUCGGCGAACUACUGAAAAUGUCUCAAACAAAUUUCAUCAUCGGAAACGAACGAGAAGAUUUGCCUGAAUUAAACAUACCAAGAAAUGUCUCAACCAUUUUCGUAAACACAAACAACAUUUUGAGUUUUUACGAAUCACAAAGAUUCCAGACAGUGGUAAUAAUGAAUUGUGACCCAGCAUUUAAACAUAAAUUCCAAAAACUUAAAAAUUUCAGUUGUGUCGAAAUUUCCGACUACUUUUACCAACAACAGGGUGAAAACGAAAAUAUCAUUUUGUUGUCAACAAAAAGUAAGUGUACGCAUGCUGAAUUUACUCGAGUUUGCGAAAUGUCUAAAAAAUCGAACGUAUAUCUAUUUCAAACGUUUAAUGACGAAUCUUGUGUUUUACUUGCCAAAAAAGGACAUGAUUUACCGGCGAAUCUUUUAGAUAAAUCCCGAAGUAUAGAGGAAAAAAAUGUCUUAAAAUAUUUCGACAACCCACUUAACGCAAUUUGUGCUGCACCCGGAAUGGGUAAAUCAACACUGAUGAAAGUUCUUUACAAUAAUUGUCCUUCGCACUAUUGGGCAGUUUAUGUUGAUUUGAUUAAUUAUAAUGCGUUUUUGGCGACAAAACCAGACUCGAAAGCAAUGUGGAAUUGCUUUUUAAGAAACGAAGGAACAAAAGACACAGAUGUGAAAAAACAAUUUAAGAGCAUUUUUCGUAAAAAUAAAAAGAUGUAUUUAUAUCUUGAUGGACUGGAUGAAGUGGACAGUAGUUACGUUAAUUCUGUUUUAGAUUUUGUCAAGGAAGCGUCCUCAGAUGGUAUCAAUGUUUGGAUUUCAUCAAGAGAAAACCUACGCCAAAUGAUAUCGCAAACUUUAAAUGUGGUACCAAUAGAAAUACAAGAAUUAAGUAAAGAUCAACAAGAAAAGUAUAUAUACAACAAACUAAAAGAAAAAUACCGAAAAGAAGAAAUAACGAUAAUCUUAAAAGCAACAUAUAGUAGUGCAGAUCUUAAUAAUAGUCAACAGUUGCUAGGAAUUCCGUUACAGUUGCACAUAAUCACAGAGAUGUUUCUCAACAACGACGACGCUUAUAGGAAAAUUGAAGAAAAAGAUAUCUUUGUGUUAACACAAAUGUAUAAGCUAUUUUUCGAUGGGAAAAUGACAUCUGCUCUUAAUAAAAUCGUCGCUGAAAAGCAGAUACAUCAAAUUGGACACAUCAGAGCGUUGCUAAAACAAUAUGAAACUGUAGCUUUGAAAGCGUGUUUAAACAGUAUAGACUUUGGGAAACUGAAUCUAAAUUCAAAGGAAUCCGAAGAGUUCAUAAAGGAUAUAAAAGAAAAUGGCGACAAAUACGGAAUAAUCAAGAAAAUAAGUGAGAACGAUGACGUAGUAUUCGACCAUCAGACUUACGCAGAAUAUUUUGCAUGCGUCUGGUUGAAAAAUAACACAGAAAAAAUAGUUUUGUUAAAGAAAGAUUUUUUUUCUCCUAGAUAUAAUAAUUUGCGGUUGAUGUUUGACGUAAUGUUGGCGGAAAAUAAUCCGUUGCAUCUCUCUGUUUUAUACAAAAAUACACAUCAGUUUGAAAAAUAUAUAGACCAGAUGAACAUAAAAGAUGCAGGCGGUCGAACGUCCUUACAUCUUAUAUGUACAUACGGAAUGAAGUAUCGUCUUUCUCAUCCGUAUCAAAGGUAUUUCUUACAUAAAGAGGACCUUGUAACACCUAAUCGAGAACUAGACUGUUAUGUAUUUAUGGCAAAAACUCUUGCCCAAAAACAGUUUGAUGCGAAAAACAAAGACGAUCUGUUCAGUUUUGAUUACUUGGAUUAUUGCCUUGAAGCAAAUUGUCUGUAUCCUAUCGAAUUAUUUUUAGAACUAAAACUGUUGGACUUUGUUGGUAUAAAAGAAACCAUUUUUGGGUACUAUGACGCAGCCACUUUGGCCUAUUAUUCAGCACAAAUGGGUUAUCCAAAUCUAUUUUGUGCGGUCAUUUUAGCAAAACCACAGCUCGUGCACAGGAUGAUACGAGAAAAAAAUUUACUCCAAUCAACAAUUAGUGGUUUCAAGAAGGAAACGAAAAACGCAUCUAAGUCGCUAGAGAACUACAAAUGUAUAGUAAGUUUUUUGAGCUGCAGCGGUUUUGAUAUCAACGCCCCUGAUCAACACAAUAAGAUACCUUUAGCACGUGCUUGUGAAACUGGUGAUUAUGAAAUAACAAAAAUAUUGUUAGAGUGCGGCGCUUCCGUGAACGUUCUGGACAUAGAUAACAUGAACAUGUUACAUUACGUAUCGAAAUUGCAAAAACGUAAUCCAGACAUAUUAAAAUUAUUUGUUGAGAUAGGUAUCGAAGUAAAUGCUCAAGACUAA